GGAGCCGGAGGGGUCGCAAGAUGGCGGCGGGCGAGGCGGCGGGGCGGUACCGCGGCCCCGUGGGCAGGAGCAAGGACCCCUCGGGGCUGCUCAUCUCGGUCAUCAGGACUUUAUCCACCAGUGACGAUGUGGAGGACAGGGAGACCGAGAAGGGCCGGCUGGAGGAGGCCUACGAGAAGUGUGACCGGGACCUGGACGAGCUGAUCGUGCAGCACUACACGGAGCUCACCACGGCCAUCCGCACCUACCAGAGCAUCACCGAGCGCAUCACCAGCUCCCGAAACAAGAUCAAACAGGUGAAGGAGAACCUGCUGUCCUGUAAGAUGCUGCUGCACUGCAAGAGGGACGAGCUGCGCAAGCUGUGGAUCGAGGGCAUCGAGCACAAGCACGUCCUGAACCUGCUGGACGAGAUCGAGAACAUCAAGCAGGUCCCUCAGAAGCUGGAGCAGUGCAUGGCCAGCAAGCGCUACCUCAACGCCACCGACAUGCUGGUGUCGGCCGUGGAUUCCCUGGAGGGGCCCCUCCUGCAGGUGGAGGGGCUGAGCGACCUGAGGCUGGAGCUGCACAGCAAGAAGAUGAACCUGCACCUGGUGCUGAUCGACGAGCUGCACCGACACCUCUACAUCAAAUCCACCAACCGCGUGGGCCAGCGCGGCAAGGACAGGGCUCGCAUCGGCUCCCUGGUGAAAGAUGCCUCUCCUGUGCCUCUGCUGGAUGUCACCAAUUUAUCCACACCUCGGAAGUUCCUGGAAACCUCCCAGUUCAGCACUCCUGGAAGCUCCAGCAUGCGAGACUCGAGCCUUCUGGAAAUCAAGGACGACACGGAGCUGGAUCCGGAGGAGAACAGCAAUGUCUUCAUGGGAAUUCUCAUCAAAGGGCUGGCCAAGCUGAAGAAGAUCCCAGAGACAGUGAAAGCCAUCCAGGAUCGCCUGGAGCAGGAGCUCAAGCAGAUUGUGAAGAGGUCCACGACUCAGGUGGCUGACAAUGGUUACCAGAGAGGGGAGAAUAUUUCCCAGGAAAACCAGCCCAGGUAA